CUUCGUAUUCCAACAAGUGGCGGGUGAGGAUGCGCUCGGUGUGCGCGUGGCCAGCACUUUCUCCCCGGUUGUUGACAAGGCGCCCCGUGCGCGCGCGCGCCACUACACCGCUCGGAGGAGCGAGGUGGUGCUUCUCUUCACACUGACGGAGCGGCUUCGCGGGCGGGCGCCAGAGACGCGUUUUCUUGUCGAAAAGCACGAGGGAAAAAAACGGAGCGGCAUCUCGGAGAGCAGAAGCGGGCGCGCCGCUCGCGUUCCUCAUUACACGGAGCCCCGAAGUCAUGCGCGCGCUUAUUGGCGAAAAGUUAAUUCACGCGUACUGAGACACGGAAAGCGGGAGAAGUCGGGUGCACGGAGAGCGCGCGCUGCUUAAUUACUCGUCUUGCGUUCGCGCCGGGAAUAAACGACCGUCAUGUCGAGGAAAAAAGCGGUCAAGGGGAAGGGGGGUUCGAACACGCCGAGCUCGUCUCCGAGCAGCGAUAAGGAGAAGGCUAAGAAAGUCCCGACCCAGUCCAACGGAGUGGUGCAUCCCAGCAGACCCUCUCUCAGCAACAGCGGAGAAUUCUACGACGUCGCCUUCAAGGUAAUGCUGGUUGGAGACUCUGGGGUGGGGAAAACCUGUCUGCUGGUUCGCUUUAAAGACGGAGCGUUUCUGGCUGGGAGCUUCAUCUCAACAGUCGGGAUAGACUUCAGGAAUAAGGUGCUGAACAUUGAUGGCGUGAGAGUUAAGCUACAGAUCUGGGAUACGGCGGGACAGGAGCGGUUCAGGAGCGUGACGCAUGCCUACUAUCGAGACGCUCACGCUCUUUUGCUGCUCUACGACGUGACAAAUAAAGCUUCUUUUGACAACAUACAGGCCUGGCUCACAGAGAUUCACGAGUUCGCUCAGCAGAACGUAGUGAUCAUGCUCCUGGGUAACAAGGCUGAUUCCACACAUGAAAGGAUCGUGAAAAGAGAGGAGGGUGAAAAACUGGCUAAGGAGUUUGGCGUUCCCUUCAUGGAAACCAGUGCUAAAUCAGGUCUGAAUGUGGAGUUGGCCUUCACUGCUGUGGCCAAGGAACUGAAGCACAGGGAGAUGAAGGAGCCUCACGAGCCAAAGUUUCAGCUGCAGGAGUAUGUUAACAAGGAGAUGAAGAGAGUCGGCUGCUGUCGCUCCUAAAGAGUCUCUCUUUCCGCCUGUCUGUCUGUUUGUGUGUUUUUUCCACUUUCAUCCUCUUCUCUCGCAUAAAUUGGAUGUCUGUCAGAUAUUCCUGCGGCUCUGGAGACUUUCAUUUCCAAACGCCGUGUUCUUUCUUUGGACCUCCAUGCACUUCACAGCUCACAGCAAACAAUAGCGAUCC